AGUAACUAGUAAGUGGCCUAGAACAUUACAGUAGGAGUUUCACUCUCGCCGUUCUGCACUUCCACUGGAAGAAAGCCCCCCUGAAAUUCGACCAAACUUGCCCGGCAUUAUCGCCGGAUAUUUCUUCCAAACUCCAAGUCCACCACCCCUACGCCCCUCACUACUGCUGCUCUGAAUCACGCCCCCUCCGGAAUAUACUCCGACCCCGGUCCGACCUCUCUGUUUAACACCACCAUAGCCUGGCCGUUCCCCCGCCGUAUCCAGACGUAUCCCGCCAUCCCGGCCGUGUACAAGCCCUUGUCCGCGUAUCCAGCCAACAUAAGUCACUUCGAAUGCCCUACGCCUGUCCCAGGCCUGCCCGACUCGUGUCCGGCCACGCUAUUCUCCUCAGGUAUGGCGUUUACGUGAAUGAUAGACUAGUCCUUUAUUAUUAUCAUUCACUUUGAAAUGAAUAAAGUUUCCUUUUUCAAUUUAAUAUUUAUUGGCUGAGCCGAAGCAUUGAAUAAUAUUUGUGGUUAUUUCCCCUGAACUCGUGCUGCACUUAACAACACUAACGCACCUUUCCAUCCGAUCUGUAAUAAUUUUAUAAUGAAAUUGUAGUGCGUUUUAGGCAUUUAGGCAUACAAUAAUGAAAUUUUUAGUUGCGGAAGAGCAAGGAGCUCUUCUCUGCCACUCUAGACUUCACCAUAGAGCUUACAACAAAAACUUUUUCCAUUAGUGAGUUAUCUCUCGGUCUUUCCUUUGUGUGCUGUGCUUUUAUGUGUCUACAUGAAUAGCUGAAAAGCCAUUGCAACCCUUUUAUAUUGCUGCUCCAGCUGAAUAAGCUGCACGAGUUCAAUUGUGUAUAUGAGAAGUCUUUCGCUAAUUGUAUCAUUUUAAAAAUGCUACUUUGAGAGAGUAUUGAUUUUCAUUUUCUAGAAACACCAAGAUGCUCGGCACUUCCGCUUCAAAUUUAUGUCCAUUGAUGUGGUGUAAAUGUGGUUUAAAUUUGCAUAUACAGAACAGAUCUUCAAAUUUCCAUUAGAUUGUAGGAUUUAUGACUCAAAAUGGGUCCUCUAGUCAUCUGGAUGGCAGCUCAGUGGGCUCAAAAGCCCCAGAGCUACAUAAUUGAGAUGGGCAGCUAUGGAAAACUCGUGAAUAAUGUUGAGCUUUAAUUGGGUUUAUAUAGUGAAAAAUGGGUUUUCAUGAUAUGUGGGUUUUCUCCGCACAAGAGUUCCUCUUUGUUCAUGGCUGUCCGGCACACCUGGGAUCCUGUUGCUGGUAAAACAAGGUUCUGGCUGUUAUAUUACAUUUAUUUUUGGCUUAAAACCAAUGAGCUUGGAUUUGUGGCUUCUAGAUAAUGGAAGCUGAAACAGCGCUCAAACACUUGUACUGUGAGGUAUCAUGUAUUCAAUUUCAAUGGUAGCAUCAUGCUUUGAUGGCUAAGAAAGUUACUGCCCCAUAGUCCAAAGGAUGCAGUUUUUGAAAGACAUUGUACCAGCUGCAUUGAACAAUGUAAACACAAAAUUCAUUAUUUUAGACAAAGGAAGAGUAUCAGUAGAUGUACAACCAAAGAUGUGCUUGGCAUUAGUGGGUGAUGAGACUGCAGCCGUUCAUUUCCAGAUGUGGGCUGAUGAGUGUGAUCAAUUUGAGCCUGGUGACAUUAUUACUCUUUCAGAUGGCAUAUUCUCUUACUGUCGCAACACUCUUGUGUUAAGAGCUGGCAAGAGAGGUAAGGCAGAAAAGGUGGGAGAGUUCACCAUGUCCUUUGUCGAGACACCAAACAUGAGUGAGAUUCAUUGGGUCCCUGAUCCUAGUAACUCGAAGAUAUAUGUCGCUGAUACUGUUAUUUCUCCCUAUUCACGAGUUUUCCCGCCUGUAGCCUGACAAGGGCUCCUCGCGGGAAUGAUAUAAAGUUUCUAUUGAACACAAUCAUUUGUUUAUUUUUGUUUAUUUACUGAUACAUAGAUUUUUUUCUGUUGAGGGAGUCUUAGAUAGAGGAAGAUGUAACAACAAAUAUUCAUGUUUAGAUAGAGUAAUGGUUGUUCUGAUGAUAUACUUAACUUUUUGAGAUCUCUUUGCUUUGAAAUAAUACUCUCUUUAUGUCAUAUCAUCAAUUGGAUAUAUCUGAGAGUAUCGAAAUGACACUUAUACAAUGAUGAGUAUCAAAACCUAACUUGCUUGUCAAGAUUGAUGCGACUUAGGUUAUUCAUAUAGAAAUCCAAUGUAAUGGCUUGCGGAGCUAAAUUAUCAAUCACUUUGUGUGAUUUUGCAACGUGUAAUUACCAUCAAUUAGUCUCCAAGUUGCAACUGAUAUUAUAAGUUUUCUAGCAGUGUAUUGAGUUGUACUUGGAGACAGUUAGUAACCAUUUACUGAGAAACUCAGUCAUUCUUAUUUGUUUUUUCAGAAAUUAUUAACGCAUGUAGUUUUUAAAACAGAUAUUCGAGUUUGCAUCUUCCCAUCUCUAACAUGUUCCCUUAUAACUUAAAAGUAGUCCAUUCCAUGCGUCAUUUGGUCAUUUUGGUGCUAGUAUUGAUGUCAUUAACCUUGGUGGAUAGGAGAGGCUAAAAGGGUGAAUAUAAAUGUCAUACCAUAAUUUCCUUCCAAACAAGAGCUUUGGUUGGAUGUGAAUUAGUGACUUUGCUUAAGUUUCUGCCGCAUAUAUUUGAGACAGCUAUCCUUGCCAUUACAGUCUUUUGGUACCAAUACAGCACAUAAAGCACAUACACACAUAAAGCACGCAACUGUAAAAUGAAAAUUAGUAAUGCUAGAAAAUCAAAUGAAAUAGUACCAAUUUGGUAGUUCAUAGCCUGUAUUAACCCUUAAAGUUAUGUCUGCAGACUGCAAGGUCCUUCCAGUAUGGUUACCAAUAUUCUGUCAUAUGGAUGUCCUGCAACUUCCCAGCCUUUAUCCUAUGAGUACUUCAGAUCCAAUGUAGAAGCUGUCUGCCUUGAGGAACCUUCAUCUUCACUCACUAGAAUGAUGCAUUUUCAGUUAUCAUAUUCUUCUUGUAACUGGAGACAACCCACUUUAAUCAACAAGUAUGAUUACUACAUACUAGUUCAAUUUUAGUUGCAAUUGUAGCAAAUUGCGAAAUUUUACAUUUAAUCUUUUCUGAUUGACCGUGAAGGGUAAUGCUUAAUGAUUACUGAAUCUGUGGUGUUUUUUAAAUCAAUUGCGCCAUGACAUUAUCUCCUAAGAUUGGCAACUAAACCUUGUCUCUAACGUGUUUAGGAAGAUUGCAUGGUCGCUUAGAAGCAAUGCAGAUGGCAGGGGAUUGAAUUCUUCUUUUACCAGUGACAACAGCAAUAGAGCUCGACUUAUUAGGGCCAUUGAAGCUCUUCAAGCCAAACUGAACACAAGAAUGAAGGGGUUCAGGGCGAAUCUUCCCAUGAAGUUGCUGCUUUUGUUAAUUGGCUUUUAUUGUGCAACAGCGUUUGCCACAGUAAUUGGGCAAACUGGUGACUGGGAUGUUCUUUCUGCUGCAUUGGCAGUGGCUGUGGUGGAGGCCAUUGGUGCUCUCAUGUACAAAACGUUGUAUCCUUUUGUAGAUAAGGCAAAGGAUCUAAUCACCAUGCUCAAUUACUGGAAAAUUGGACUCACCCUUGGACUUUUCUUGGACUCCUUUAAGUAUUAGCUUUAGGUGGAAAUGGAAUUAACUAAAGAACGUUGUUAUUGCGGAGACCAAACAUGCGCUUAUGAAGAUCCAAUGAAAUGAUCCCCAUGCUUUCAUUGGAGACUAAUAUGUGUGUGAAAUAUUGACAAAUAAAACUUUUUAGGGAGAAGGUACAAAUAUACCCCUGUACUAUGGGUGAGAGAACAAUUAUACUCAUGUUCUAUUUUUCGGAACAAAUGUACCCAUAAAGUAUAUGUAGAAGUGCAUAUAUACCCGAACUUUUAAAAAUUGCAAAAAUACCUCUCAUGUUCUUACAAAGAAGCAAAUUUACCCUUAUUGACUUUAAAUAGAUGAAAUAAAUUUCAAAAAACACCAAAUAUAAAAUAUAAAUUCGAAAUUUAAAAAUAUAGAUUUAUUAUUAUGUUAAAAUAUUAACUAUUUAAUUUUAAAUUGCAAAAUUUUAUUUUUUCUGUUGUAAAUGAAGCACUUCAAAUUCAUAAAUUUUAAUUUUAGUCUUGUUGUGAAAUUUUGAACACAUUGUUAUAUUUUUUGAAAUAUCAUAUUUUGGUUUUGUUUAACAUUAAUAAAAUUAAAUUCACUAUUUUGUAAUCUUGAACUCUUUAUCAUCAUACAAAAUAUGUAAUUUUAUAGUGCAAAGAUUGCAAAAAAUUAAUAUAUUUUUUAUAUUGGAACACGCAUGUUUACACUUUUUUCGAAAGAAUCUUAAAUAUGUAGUAAAAUUUUGAAAUAACAUUUUAUACUAACAAUAUUAAAAUGUGAUAUACAAACAACAAAAGGGAGAAUUGGACACAAGCACAUUUUUAAUUUUUUUUUUUUAAUUUUGAUUUAUAAUUUAUCUUUGGUGUUUUUUGAAAUUUACUUUAUCAAUUUAAAGUCAAUACGAUUAUAUUUGCUCCUUUAUAAAAAUAUGAGGGGUAUAUUUGCAUCUUUUAAAAAGUUCAGGAGUUUAUAUGCACUUCCACAUAUAUUUCAGGGGUACAUUUGUUCCGAAAAAUAGAACAUGAGUAUAUUUAUUUUCACACCCAUACUACAGGGUAUAUUUGUACAGUUUUUCAAUUUUUUAUGUAUAGUGAGUUAGUGACCAUAGUAUUAUUUCUGCAGUGACUGGUGAUUACACUAAUGUUAUAGUUUGACUGUAGCAAUGAUAGUCUAGUACUCUAGUGUAUAUAAUCAUAUGUUUAUCCAUGAAUUAUAUUUUAGUUAUAAAAUAGGAA